AUGAAUAACUUAGAAGCAGCAAUGGUAAUCCCAAAAUAUGACAUGGAAGAAGAUACAGGAAGGAUAUUCAAUCUGAUCAAAGAAAAGAAUGCGAAAGAAGUUUUGCAAAUUCUGAAGAGUGCACGUGUUCCACUUAAUUGCACUGAUAAGAAUGGUAUGUCACUUCUGGAUCAAGCAAGCUGGUCAGGUCUUAUAGACGUAGUUCGAUUUUUAUUAGCUAAUGGUGUCGAUCCAAAUAGCAGUACUCAUGACUGUGGUUAUAAAUCACUCAUGUUUGCAGCUAUUGCUGGUCAUCAAGGGAUAUGUCAGUUGUUGUUAGAUUAUGGGGCACAUGUUUAUUCGACGAAUGCAAUUGGCAAAACAGCCGCAGAAAUGGCAGCUUUUGUCGGACAACAUGAAUGCGUUAGCAUUAUCAACAACUAUGUAGCGCUGGAUGAAAUCAAGAUAUUAUUGCAUCCUAAGGGGGAUAAGAGUAAUGAAAUUUAUUCAAAUGAGUUUUCCCAAGCAUUGCAUGAUUUGAUCAAAACUCAUAUAAUACAUCCUGUUUGGGUCAUGCUUUUCCUGCGUGAUCGUUACCAAGUAAUAUGGCAACAUCGUCAGAAAUUUUGUUAUGUUUUGGAUAGGAUUUUCGAGAGACAAUUGCGAUGCAAAGAAUCUAAUGAGGUUAUGUCAUUGAAGCUGUGGUUAAUUUUAUAUACGAUACGAGAUACAUGUAGAUCUGUGGAAGCAGUUUUGGAAAAGGAAGGACAUGAAACAUCCACAAUAAUCAGAAAUUAUGUUAAACAAUUGCUGAAGAUGGAAUACAAUUAUCAGAUACGACCAAAUUUGGAACGCUACUUGAGGAAUGCUGUUCAGGCAUUUCCAUAUCACCAUUGCUUACUUUUCCAAGCACUUAUCAAAAAUCUCGCAGCUGUUGAGUUUGGUAAUUUGCCUGAUGCAUUUUAUGUAAUCACAUCACUCUUCUUGGGACAACGAAUGGUAGAAACUUCUCAUUUUUGUGCAACUUGUGGUGCUGUUGCUUCCACCAAACGGUGCUGUAAGAACAUAUAUUAUUGUCGCCCGGAUUGCCAAAAAAUGGAUUGGUGUAAUCACAAAAUGUUUUGCGAGAAGAUUGAUAAAGGAAAACAGUAUAAGGAACGAAAAUAUUCUUUGAGGGAUAAUACGGCGCCAAAAACAAUUGUAAAAAGUGAUGAAAGCGUGUCGAAUGAUGGAACUAUACAAAAUGGACAAUCGGAAGACAAGCAUGUUGAAAAAGUUGCAUCUUCACUUGCUGAUAUUCAAUUUGCAUGA